AAUUGUUACAUUACUGCCAGCAACGUGCGUCUCCGAGUCAAACACAGUCAGAAAUGCAGCAAUAAGCUUGCCCCAAACUCGCCAGAACACGCCGCUCAGGGGCAUAAAAGCCUGCUCAGGACCAUAGCUUACUCCUCAAAUGGUCUGGAUUGGCUGAGAGCAUCCGCGCAAAGCGUCGAAGGGCACCCUACCUAGACGUGCCGGGAGAGCGGAGCGGGGUCGUAACAACCGGCGGUGCCGAGCGGCGAAUGGGCGGCUGCCUCAGUGCAGAUGUCGUUGUAGAUCCUGGAAGGCUGGAGGAGGGCCAGGGCAGCACCCGCCCGGUGGCAGUCGUCGGGCGUCAGGUGAGCCGCAGCUCCAGCCGCCGCUCCUCCGGCAGCAAGCCCAACUGCUCGCAUGACGGCGGCAGCGACAACCAAGCUGGCGGCAGGCAGCUGUCGCCCGCUGGUCCCAGCCGCAUUGUCCUGAUGGACGGGGACGACGCCGACGCCGCCGCGGCUGAGGAAGAUGUCACGUAUCUCUUAAAGCAGAACGGCGGCGCAGUGCCAGACUCAAUGCAUCACAACAACCGGCACGGCAGUGGUGGCGCCGGCGGCGACAGCCGGCAGCAGGACGGCGGCAGGCAGGGUGCCAGGGGUAGCAGCAGCCCAGACAAGGACACACACGACCGACGGCGGCGAGGCAGCAACAGCGCCGCCAAGGUGGUGGAGGGCGGCUGGGUGCAGGUGCCGCCGCAAAAUGCGGAGGGCGAGGCGGCGGUGCGGCUGGGGCUGGUGGCCGCGGGCACCUUGGCAGAGGUCGGCGCGCAGAACCUUGCCGGGGAAGUGUCGCUGGCAUCAGCGCGGGCGGACAUCCCCGCCUGUAGGGCACUGUCGCAAUCAUCAGUGUCGAUCGGGGGCCGCGUAAUCCAUGGGUCCUUCUCGGGUGGUCGCUAUGCCGGAGCGCCGCCCGACGCUGCGCUGGCGGCGAGGCCGGUGGCUGGCGGCAGCGGCAGCGGCGCCACAGGGGAACACCGGCGCCGCUGCAGUGUUGGGGAGCUGGCCGGGCGCGGCCCGCCGGGCACCAUGUUCAAGACGGUCAGCAGCUUCAACAGCAGGCUUAGGAGGGGCAGCUAUGACCCACUGGGAGCGGCGCUGCUCGUCAUGCGCGGCGCGGGGGCCAAUCCAUUCUACUCGGACUCGCGGCAACGCAUGGUGGGCAAUCUGGCAUCAGGCGGAGCUACCGCCGGCAACAGCAGUGGCGGCACGGUGGUGCCGCGCCCGCCGCGCUACUCCUCCCUACAGCAGCAUCCAGCGCUGCUCGGGUACGGCGCAGCGACAGGCGCAGCGCGGCCGGACCAGCGAGGCGAGAUGGGGCUGGGGCCGCGGCGGCUGGACAUACCAGCUGUUCGGCAGCUGCAGCGCGGCGGCAACGAGCGCCAGUGGCAGUCCUUUUCGGCGUACGGCGAUGCCACGGCUAUUCGCAACGCCGGCGCGAGGGCGCCGCUAAGCUCCAAACCGCAGUUGGUGGCGCUCGGCGGCGGCAGGCCGCAGGUCCGGCCAGAGGACAGCAGCCGGCGGCGGGAGUCAGCGCCUGACAUUGAGGUGGCUUGCGACCCGCCAGCUGGCGUGCGCGCGGGGACGGCUGUAGGCGGCCUGGCGCCGCUGAGCAGCGACAGUGAGGGCGAGGCCGACGUCAACGGCGCCCACGCAGGUGCCACGAGCGGUAGCGACUCGGGUGGCAGUAGUGCUGCGCUGCGGCGGCCGCCGCUAACCCGAGGAGGACCUUCGCGUAACGCCAGCUCGCUGCCGGGCGCGGUUCAGGGUGGCAGCAACGCGCCGCUUGAGCUGCUGGAUGCCGCCGCCGUCAGGGCGCAGCGGCAACAGGGGCGACAGCAGCGGCAUGCGGCGGACGCUGUGGCGACGGUCGGGGCACUGGGGUCACCGGGGCCAGGGCAGCGGCCGCACAGCCAUGGGGCGGAUGAGGUAUGGCGCACGGCGGACGGCGAGGCGUCAAUACGGCGCCGGGGCGAUGCAGGGGUCGAGCAUGCCGCAGAGGGUGAGGAGGAGUCGCGGCGGAGCACGUCAAGCCAGAUGUCAGACGACGACGAGGAGAUUGCUGCGAUCGCCAGGGCCGCUGCAAACGAGCUUGCCAAGAACCGGUCGUACCGGCACACCGGCGAUGUGUACGAGGAUGAGGAGCAGGAGGACGAGGCGGCCACCGAGCUGGUGGAGCCGGGCUCGGACCUGGCACACAGGGCGCGGCGCGGCAGCGUGGGAGAGCAGCGGCGGCAGCGGCAUAUCUUUUCGGAGCGCGAGCAGCGCCGCACGCAGCGCGAACGCCGGGGCCGACAUGAGGAGGAGAGCGAGGAGGCGCGGGAGCGGGAACGGAAGCGGGAACGGGAGCUGGAACAGCAGGAACGGGAGCCGGAGCGACGCCGGCCGGCGCGGCACGUGAUCCGGCCGUACGCGCGUGAGGAGCGGGAGUUGGCAGGCGGCUCGGGCUUGGGGUCGGGUAAGGGCUGGAACAGGCGGCAAAGCGGAGAGGAGCAGCGCUGGUGUGAGCACGAAGAGGCGGAGGAAGCGGACGAGGAAGACGAGGAGCAUUUGCGGCUGGAGGAGCGGGAGCGUUCCGAGGCUGAGGUGCUUGAGGCAGUCAGCCGCACCGCCUCCCAGCGCUGGCAGGCCACACGCACGCUGCAGCCGUCGCGGAGCAUCCUCAAGAAGCCCGCAUCUAUAAACCGCCGCGCGUCAGAGGCCGCCGGCGAGUCCGGACGGACUGAUACAGAGCCCGGCUCAACACCUGGCGCCAGGUCUGACUCCCACGUGGCUGUACUGAGCCUCGAAGGGGGUGAGCUGCACAGAGCCGGCGGCACUAGCCGGCUAGCGCCCGGAGCAGCCGACACAGCCGCCCAUGCACCCUCGCAUGCAGCUUGGGAUCAGGACGGCAGCGGCCACGGGCCGGGCAGCGACGCGCACGAGUCAACAGCCGUGGAGGCGCUGGGCGGAGGCACGGACUGCGAGCGCGGGCGCACCCGGGAUCCAGGCGGCGGUGGCGGCAAGCGACCGCGCAGCCUGAGUAAGAGCGUCUCGUUCCGCGGCGUGGACGGCGACAGCGGUGGCGACGGCAAUGGCGGUCAGGCUGACGGAGCGCAGCCCAGUGAGGCCGCGGCGGCUGCAGGCGCUGCCCGCUGAGGCUGCUCGUUGUUACCACAGCUACAUCAUGCUUCUCGGGGCAGCUUCAUGAGCGGAGCCGCAACGACGAUCCGGUACCAGGCCCUGGCCGUAGUUUCGGGGGCAAAGGGUGACGUAUGCAUAUGACGUGCAUGAGACUGCAGAACUGUGCACGAUGCACACACCACAUGCGCUCAAGGCAAUACCUGGGGGAAUGGCCCCUGUGCAGUUUGCAUGUAUUUAUGCUAUGCAUUAUUACUCGCACGGGCGUGCUCAACCACCAUCGUUCUGCAAGUAUUGUGAACAGCUGCCGUGCAUGUGUGAUGCUUGUGAUGCUUGUGAUGCUUGUGAUUCUAAGCAAGUUGGCUUACACAGCGUGUCGACUUGUGAUGGCGCGUGCUGUCAUGCUGCAGUAUUGACAGCGAUCUAAAGUAUGCAUAUGUGCCUGCUUGCUGUUGCUGCGGAUGAUUAGUCAUGGCGGCCAACACGUGGGAGGCAAUUUGCUUAUCAAGAACGAAUGUUUGAUUUUGUGUUUGAAUCUCAGGUGACUCAUCCUGGCCCGCAGCCCUGGACACGUAACUCGGUAACUGAGGAUGAGUCACCCUACUGCCGCACAGCUCUCAAACACGUGCACUAACCGGGGUGAGGCGGCUCUCACGCCACCAAAUCGAACCUGUGAUAACUUGAUUGGCUUAGCCGUAGCGCAAUGAAGCGUAAUUCACAUAAAUUUAUGAUGUGAAGGAUCAAGGCUUCGUGCAUGGCCGGUGGUACCGAGUACACGGGCUGCAGCUGGACGCUGUGCCGGUCCUGAAGACACGUUGUGACUGCGGGCCAUGAUAGCGAGACUGCAAGCAGGGACAGGCCAUGUUUGUGCAUUCACGGAUACUGGCUUUCAAAUGCUAAAGGAGAACGGGGGGUUAGCCAGAGGUCAGUGUACCGUACUGUCUGCG